ACUUUAGAACUCACAGACCAUACUGUUCUUGUAAGCUUUCUGGAAAAUCUCAUACUUUUGUCUCUCUAAUCAUUUUGUGGAACUUCAUUCUACUCUCUCUUCUCUGCGACUCACCUGCCGGAAAAGUUCCGGCGGUUAUACUUCCACUUCAAAGAUGGCCGAACAAUUUUCAAGCUCCGUUGAGUUUGGACUGAGGCUCUCAAAGCGAAUUUUCUAUGGCAAGGGAUCUUUUUCUGCUCCGAUACCGGAGCCGGCGCUAUCCAAGACUAUGGAGGGGUAUCUACCGACCGCACCGAUGUGUUACGCGAUGUUGCCAGAACCAGAGAUAGUUGACAAUCCGGACAUUCGGACUUACCAGCCGUACGUGCACGGCCGGUGUGAACCGCCUGCGUUGAUUCCACUACACAUGCACGGAGUCGCCAUGGAAAUUGACUGUUCCCUGGAUACGGCCUUUGUUACAGUUAGCGGAACGUGGCGCCUCCAUUGUGUAAGGUCGAGUAAAAUGUGUGAUUGCCGGAUUGCUAUACCAAUGGGAGAACAGGGUUCACUUCUAGGUCUUGAGGUUGAUGAUAGUGGAAUAUGUUAUCAAACUGAAAUUAUCAUUCCAAAAGAUGAAAGAGAUAUAGAGAAAGCAGCGAAAACAAAAGAUGGAUAUUUCUUGAAAAGCCAAAUAUACACCGUCAAGAUUCCACAGGUCAUUGGAGGCUCUCUUAUUUCAAUAAAAAUCCGAUGGUGUCAGAAAUUGCUAUAUCAUGAUGAUCAGCUCUCAGUUAGUGUACCUUUUAGUUUUCCUUCAUACGUCACCCCAGUGGAGAAGAAAAGUCCGAAGAAAGAGAAAAUCUUUUUGAAAGUAAACUCUGGUCUUGCGGCUGAAGUGUUAUGCAAGAGCAGCAGCCAUCCUAUUAAGGAACUAACACACCAAUUUGGCAAGUUAAGUUUCUCAUAUGAAGCAGAAGUGCCUGCAUGGUCAACUACAGACUUCAGUUUUUCAUAUGCGGUUUCUUCAGCUGACAUAUCUGGUGGCCUGCUCUUACAAUCACCAUUUCUUCGUGAUUUUGACCAAAGAGAGAUAUUUUGCUUGCAUCUUUACCCUGGAAAUAGCCAAAAUAGGAAGAUUUUCAGAAGGGAUGUGGUAUUUGUCAUAGAUGUAAGUGCAAGCAUGAAAGGAAGUCCACUUGAAAAUGCAAAGAAUGCACUGCUGGCAUCACUUUCUCAACUAAAUGCCCAGGAUACAUUUAAUAUUAUAGUUUUUAAUGAGGACUUCUUCUUGUUCUCGCGGUCAAUGGAACCUGCAACAGAAGGGGCAAUAUUAAAUGCUACCCAAUGGAUUGGUACUAUGUCUAUUGCCAAAGGUGGUACAAACAUAUUGCUUCCGCUAACUCAGGCAAUGAAGCUAUUUCAGAAAACUACUGAUUCAAUCCCUCUGAUUUUUCUCGUUACUGAUGGAGCUGUUGAAAAUGAAAGAGAGAUCUGCAAUUUUUUUAAAGGCUAUGUCACAAGUAGGCAAUCAAUUUGCGCUCCUCGCAUCUGUACUUUUGGCAUAGGUUUAUAUUGUAAUCACUACUUUCUGCAAAUGCUAGCACAAAUUGGGAGGGGUCACUUUGAUGCUGCUCAUGAUCUAGAUUCAAUUGACUCUCGAAUGCAGAGGUUAUUUAGAUCUGCUUCGACAAUCAUUGCUUCCAAUAUAAUGGUGGAAAGUUUAGAAGGUCUUGAUUCACUGGAGCUAUUUCCAUUUUAUAUGCCCGACCUUUCGCUUGAAAGUCCGCUGGUUAUAUCAGGAAGAUAUGAUGGAACCUUUCCUGAUUCCAUUAAAGUAAAAGGCACCCUGGCGGAUAUGAGCAACUUUGAAGUGGACUUGAAAGUACGAAGGGCAAAAGAUAUGCAGCUUACAAAUGUACUUGCCAAAAGACACAUAGACUUUGUUACUGCUCAGGCAUGGUUAUCAGAAAGUAGAGAACUGGAGGAGAAGGUUUCCAAAAUGAGCACACAAAAUAAAGUCCCCUCGGAAUACACCUGCACGGUUCUUGCAACUGCUGAAAAGGGAAAGAAGGCACCGGAACAAUUCCUGAUACAGAAGGCGUACAGCAGAAUCACCCUGCAGAAUGUGGAACCUGAAAACCAGAGAAUAUUCCUUGGAGGGCUGAGUAUUGGAUUUGGUGACACCAAAGCGACAGCCGCAAACACCCCGCCGGCAUUAAAAGAAGCGAAACCUUCAGAAGGUCUAUUGGAGAAGGCUGUUUGCACUUGUUGCAGCAGAUUUGCUAAUACUUGCUGUUGCAUGUGCAUGCUCCGCACCUGCUCUUACAUGAAUGACCAAGCCACUAUUGUCUGCACCCAGCUCUGUGCUGCUCUUGCUUGUUUCGAGUUGAUCAAAUGCUGCAUCGAGCUCUGCGAUUGCGAGUGUUUCGAGUGACAUUACUUUCCAAGUUGAACUGCAGGAAAAAUGUGUGUACUGUGUAGUAUUUAAUGUAUAAUAAGUCAUUAACUAUGUGUAUAUAUGCCCUUGUGCAAUGUGUUCCAGUCUGUAGCUACAUUUAUGUAAACUUAUUUCUAUUACCUCGGUUCUCAUCCCCAUAAAUAAAAAAUGCAUAGCUGAAAAAGUACACCUGAA